AUGGAGAGACUGGAAACAACAAAACUUUUACUAGAACAUGGUGCCAAUCCAUAUGCCAAAAGUCGCUACGGUGACGAUGCAUUGAGAACAGCAUGCUUAAAAGGCGCUCAUCAAAUCUUUGACUAUUUAAAAACUCAUUUAACUUAUUCCGCUGAACGACUUGCUGAAUCUCACGAAUUAAUUGGUUCGACAUUUUUAGACGAACACAAUGAAAGUCGUGUCGCAAUCUUGCAUUGGCGUUUAGCACAUCAUAUACGUGCGUCACAUUCUCCCUACAUAGAAAAACGACCAAAAGUUCCCUUACGCCAUGCUUACAACAAUGCAGUUGAGUUCACAACGUUGGAAGAGCUUGAUAACAUACACGCUGAUAUGGAUGCAAUGCGUAUACAAAGUUUAUUGAUUUGUGAACGCAUACUUGGAACAGCUCAUAAAGAUAUGCUAUUCCGUUUAACUUUUCGUGGUGCAUCCUAUGCAGACUCACUGCAACUGCAGCGUUGUAUCGAUUUGUGGCGUUUACUAUUGGAAAUACGGGUUGAACAUUCCUCUAUAUUGCAUUUUGAUACGUGCUUUGCUGCACAGGCGCUAGUACGCUUGAUGCUUGAUUUAUACGAUCGUGCAAGUCGAAAUAAUAACUCGAAUAAUCAACCAACAUCUGCGCAAAGUAGGCGAAACAAUGAACCGGAUUUUAUCGAAAAAGAAUCAUUGCCAUUAUUUAAUGAUAUACAUGCUGUGUUUAAGCUUUUAACUGGCCCAAUAAAUGAAGCGCAUGAUCUUUUACAAAUUCGUCCAGUUUUCAGGAAGCAGCAAGAAAAUUUUGAUCGUAUGCUAAAGUGUAUAGCCCAUUUGAUAUAUUUGCUCAAUUCUACAGCACGUACGGAGGAACAAAAGAAAUUCCAAUUUUGUGCUGUGCGUGAUUUGGUGAAAUUAAACGUUCGUAGUGCUUGUACAAGUGAUACGUUACUGCAUCUAUGUGUAUCUCGUUUAAAUGUUAUUAAAAGCGGUUACUUAAGUGAUGAAAACAAUGCAUCGAUUGUAUUUCCCAAUUCUGAAGUUCAAUAAUUUUUAUGAUGCGCGAUGCGGUGUCAUGCCAGAAUUGAGGCAAAAUCAACACCGUUACAUGUCGCUGCACAGCCAUAUAAUUUUAACAACGAUAUUAUUUUGCUGUUGUUGGAUAAUGGAGCUGAUUUAGACCAACCAAACAAAUCAGAUGAACGUCCUUUCAAUCUAAUAGCUAGCAAUCCCACCAACACCGUACACCUGUUAAAUUAUGUUACACUUAAGUGUCUAGCAGCCACAGUUCUGAGUAAAUAUAAGAUUCCAUAUAAGAAUGAAAUACCAAAAGUUCUAGAAGCUUUUGUUGAACAGCACGAACCCUAAAC